CAUAUUCCUCGCUCUUCUUUCCCAUCGUCCUCCUCGCCGGCCUGAAUCACGCUGGUCAUCUCUGGUGGUAGCCGCGCCUAGUUGUUUGCGCAAAUUUGACAGGGCAGCCCGCGUUGAAGGAUUUGCAAGCAGCAGCCGCAUCAUCACUCACCAGUGCAGCGCCACCUUGCCAGCAUCGAACGCAGCUAAGACCAGUCCUACAGCGCCUGCUCGCUCCAUCGACCACCCAGUGCCUAGCACUGGAGCGAAGCGAUUGAAAAAAGCAUAUUGCAGGGGAGCCAGAGGCAUCAGGCAUUAGAAGCGGGGACCACAGCUUUGCAGGAGAAAACCCCCAACAGGGCAGAAGGAAGGAACAGCCAGCCGGACGAGAAGAUGGUCGAGGUAUCCGAGCAGGAUGCGUGGAUCGCCCACCUGAGCGACUGCAAGCAGCUCUCAGAAGCUGACGUGAAGAGGUUGUGCGACAAGGCCCGCGAGAUUCUCCUCGGCGAGUCGAAUGUGCAACCUGUGCGCUGCCCGGUCACAGUGUGUGGUGACAUCCAUGGUCAAUUUCACGAUCUGUCGGAACUGUUCCGGAUAGGAGGAAACUCGCCGGACACCAACUACCUCUUCAUGGGCGACUACGUCGACCGCGGCUACUACUCUGUCGAGACAGUCACACUGCUCGUCGCGCUCAAGGUCCGCUACAGGGAUCGAAUCACCAUCCUGCGCGGCAACCACGAGAGCAGGCAGAUCACGCAGGUGUAUGGCUUCUAUGACGAGUGCCUGAGGAAGUACGGAAACGCAAACGUGUGGAAGUACUUUACCGACCUUUUCGAUUACCUCCCACUGACCGCCUUGAUCGAAGAUCAGAUCUUCUGCCUGCACGGCGGUCUCUCGCCGUCCAUUGACACGCUCGACCACAUCCGGAGCAUAGACCGGAUUCAGGAAGUGCCGCACGAGGGUCCGAUGUGCGACCUGCUUUGGUCCGACCCGGACGACCGCUGCGGCUGGGGAAUCUCCCCGCGCGGCGCCGGCUAUACGUUCGGGCAGGACAUCAGCGAGGCGUUCAACCACAACAACGGCCUCACGCUCGUCUCGCGCGCCCACCAGCUCGUCAUGGACGGCUUCAACUGGAGUCAGGAACGCAACGUCGUCACUGUCUUCUCCGCGCCCAACUACUGCUACAGGUGCGGCAACCAGGCGGCAAUCAUGGAGAUCGACGAGAACCUCAAAUAUACCUUCUUGCAAUUCGACCCUGCACCGAGGGCUGGGGAGCCACUUGUUUCGCGCAGAGUGCCAGACUAUUUCUUGUAAGACUAAAACCAAAGCAGGCCAAGGAACUUGUAGAGGAUUUCACUAUCUCAUGGGGAUUCGACCAUGGCAUUGAUGUACC